AUUAAAUUUGAUUUAAUCACGUCCAUUUGUUGAUAAAUUGAGUUGUUUUCGGCUGGACUAAGCAGUAUUUGAAACUUGUGAUGCGGAUAUAGCUUUUUGUGAGAUGUCGAAAUUCAAUUAUUCUUUAAUACUUCUACAGUUCUGUACAUAUUUCCUAUCAACCAGAAGUCAAUUGUUGACAGGAAAUUGUCAGGAAGCUAUACGAACUUAUAUGGAGUUAUUGCUAGAAAUGUAUCCUGGAAUAGUUCUGCCACCAUUCUUGUUGAGAUAUGAUGGCCUUCCAAGAAUGAUUGGAUGCCCACUGGGAAAUGACCCCUGCAAUAUCCCACAAAAUAACUUGAGUCCAAGCAACAUGGGAAGUCAAAAAAGAACGUCAAUCUUAUUACCACGCUUACUUCCUGGUGGAGUAACGAUUGAUACACCAAAGAGGGAUGCUACAAUAGGAGCAGCAUACACAAAUGCGGAAUAUUCAGGCUUGAAUUCUGGGCAAGCAUUCAAAAGUACACAUGAUCAGCUCGGUCAGGCUCUGAAAAAAGAACAAGUUGCCUCCCAUCAAUCUGAAACGAAUCGUUUUCAGACCAUCAACUCAUACACUGAACACGCACAAACGAAUAAGCAACGUCUUCAUGAGUCUUCAAUGGAUCAGAUGAUGAACCACGGUGGCACGCUGAAGGCUGGUUCUGGAUUUGGCGGUACAAGUGCAAGACUUAUUCAACCUGGUUUGGCCAGUUCUUUUCAGCAAGGGGGAUUGUACAGCGAUUAUAAUAGGGAGAUUGCACUGAAACAAAUGCUGGCUAACGGUGGUACAAAGUCAUCAGCACUCAAAAGACCAUAUGGUGAUUAUAACAGGGAUAAUAUGGAAGGAUUGAAUGAGAUCCAUCAUGGUUAUGGCCUCGGGGUCAAUGGUAUGUAUGCCCAGAAUCAAAACCUUGCCGAAGCAUCCUCUGGAGGAUCUAUGUUGGUUAAUCAUGCAAGCUCACAAGCUGAAAUCGCGUACCUACAAGAGCGAAAGCUGCAAGAGGAAAGAAUUCAACAUCAACUCCAGAACAAACUCCAACAAGAAGGCAUUCAGCAAUAUCAACAGAAUGCAGCAAAUCAUGCAAGCUCACAAGCUGAAAUCGCGUACCUACAACAGCGAAAGCUGCAAGAGGAAAGAAUUCAACAUCAACUCCAGAACAAACUCCAACAAGAAGCCAUUCAACGAUAUCAACAGAAUGGAGCAAAUCAUGUUUUUGCUGAAAAUCAAAAAUUGGCUCCAGCAUAUUCCGGUGGAACACAAUUUGCCAACCAAGCUGGAAUGGGGCAUCUACAGCAGAUGCCAAUGCAGCAAGAAGCCUUUCGUCAUCAGCAGCAAAACGAAGCGAACCAUGCUUAUGCGGAGCAUCAGAAAGUAGCUGAAUCACAUCAUUCGACUACCAACCACAUAAGUACACAGGCAAUUAUGGGACAAACCCAGCAGGAGAAGAUCCGAGAGGAAAUUCUGCAUCAGCAGCAAGGUAAAUUGCAGCACGAGUCUAUUCAAAGUCACCAUCAGAAUGGUCAGAAUGAUGGACCAUUGGGUUUUUACCUGUUGGGUGGAGAAGUGAAAGGAGACAAUUAUCACGCAGGUGGAAACGGAAUGCAAACAGCAGCAUUUGGAUCGUCCAGCGUCCAACAACAGUCCUACGCAUCAGGACAAAUGCACCAUGCGGGAGGGGUUGGUGUACAGGGUUUGGAGGUUAUCCCACCAGGUGGUGUUAGAGAGGUUGUGAAGGGAGGUCAAAAAGUUCUCAUAUCUAAUACUGAAUGUCCAGAUAAGUCUGAAUUAUGCAUCACAAUCGAUUCUUAGAUUUCAGUUGGUAAUGCAUUAAAUAAAUUUUGAAAAUUGAAUAUUCCCUUUGUAUGGAAAAAUAAAAGCUGCAUAUAAAAUAAAACUGAUGAUUUU